UACCCUUAUUUUACAAAUAAGGGUGCCAAGGCUUCGGGCGGUUAAGUAAAUGACCCAGAAUCACAUUAGGUACUAAACAGCAGAGCCACUUGCCAAUUCAGGUGUGUCUGGCACCAAAGCCCAUCUCCUUGCACUGUGAUAAGCCUUUUAUUUUAUAGACAAAGAAGUGGAAGUCCUGAAAGGCUAAGACCAUGGUCACCCUCCUUCUCACUAUUCAUCUAGGUCUUUUUCUGCAUUAUAUCGUCUCAGUAAUUUGUUUAUGCCUAAGCAUUUUGUCAAGUAUUUUUGGCCUUUGUGCAUCCAGCUAAUGUGUCAAAUUGAUUAAAAAAAAAAAGUUACUAGAUUUUUAAGCAUUUAGGUAGAAUAAGAUUUUGAUUUUUAAAAUUUGUAGUGGAAUCACUUGAUUUGAUUUUCAGUGAAGCAUUUUGCACCAGACUCCUAUAAAGGAAACACCGUCUCCCAUGUGCUAUUAAAAGUUGGACCUUGUGACCACUGUCUAUGUUUUUCUUUUAGAGAAGUCAGAGGGGGCAGUCUGUGACUUCAUGGAAAAAAUAGCCACCAAAUAUCUAUCCAGCAUCAUUUUUAGUUCUUUAAUUUUGGUAAGCUCACAUUUUCAAAACAGAUUAAAUUUGUCUGAUUUAUUUCAGAAGUAUAUAUUACCAAGCAUUCAAAGGCAAGUGAGAAUUCAAAGUCUCAGAGCAGAGCUCGAGAGCUUUUCACAGAGACGCUCUUUAGGAGAGACAGAGAAUAUCAUCAAGUCCUAGAAGGGUUCUACCAUUUUCUUCUCCACCCUAAAGAGACUUGGAAAUUCAUGGGUAACAUUUUGCAUGAAAUUACUGGAUGCUUUUCUUCUUAUCUCUGAGGCCUUCUGUGGAGAAUUAAGAGGAGGUUGAACGCGCGCAUGGAUAAAAUGGAUCAUCUUAAAGGAUUGAAGUUCCAAAAAUACAUCAGCAGGACUGGACAGGUUUGACAUAACGAGAUUUCUAUUUUAGCUUGACUUCUGGAACUCCGAAUAAACUAUAAACUGAGCUACACAAGGUCCUGGGGAAGAAGUUUCUCUUCUAAAAUAUUCUAGCUGCAGAUAACAUUUUUCUUAUUCAGAUCCUUGGAAGAAAUACAUUUACUCAGCCAUUUCCUGAGGAAUACGACUGUUAGACACUUACCAACUUUUAAUAUGUGAAGUGGGAUAGAAAGCAGCAAUUUGUAUCAUACUGGAGAAUAAAUUUUCUUAAAGAAACAGCUCCAGAAAGAGAAGACACUGCUGCAUAAGCACAGGGCGAGAUGGCAGAAGCGCCCGUGGAUGCCUCAGCGCUGCCCGUAACUGUGAAGAAAAAGAAAAGUCUGUCCAUUGAAGAAAAGAUCGACAUCAUCAAUGCAGUAGAAAGUGGCAAGAAAAAAGCAGAGAUUGCAGCUGAAUAUGGAAUAAAGAAGAAUUCAUUGUCCUCUAUUAUGAAGAAUAAAGACAAGGUUCUAGAAGCCUUUGAAUCUCUGAGAUUUGAUCCAAAGAGAAAAAGACUGAGAACUGCUUUUUACACAGAUCUGGAAGAGGCACUAAUGAGGUGGUAUCGAAUCGCUCAGUGUCUGAAUGUACCAGUGAAUGGUCCAAUGUUGCGUCUAAAAGCUAAUGAUUUUGCCCAGAAACUGGGACAUAAUGAUUUUAAGUGCAGCAAUGGUUGGCUGGAUCGCUUUAAAUCCAGGUAUGGUUUAGUAUUCAGAGCUCAACCUGUAGAAGCUACAGGUGCAUCAGUAGACCCUUCGGAGGUCUGGCACCAAAACAUACUUCCUUACUAUUUAAAUGAUUAUCAUCCUAAAAAUGUUUUCAACGUAAAAGAGACGGGGCUGCUUUAUCGAAUGCUGCCUACGAAUACAUUCGCGUUUAAAGGAGAAACAUGCUCCAUUGGCAAGUUAUGCAAAGACAGAGUAACUCUGGUGGUUGGGACAAACAUGGACGGCUCAGAGAAACUUCCUUUGCUUAUCAUUGGAAAAAACAGAAAUCCACAUUGUUUCAAAGGCAUAAAAUCAUUGCCUGUGUAUUAUGAAGCUAACAAAAUGGCACGGAUGACCUCAGAUAUAUUUGAACAAUGGAUGCAGAAGCUUGAUGAGAAAUUUCAGGCCCAGCAAAGAAGAGUGGUGAUUUUUGUUGAAUCUUUUCCUGCACAUCCAGAGGUAAAAAACCUGAAGUCCAUUGAGUUAGCAUUCUUUCCAUCUUGUUUAUCUUCCAAAUUUAUAGCUAUGAAACAAGGUGUUAUUAAAAGCCUUAAAAUCAAAUACCGACAUUGUCUUAUUAAGAAGUUUUUAAGCUCUGUUGAAGGCAGCAAAGAAUUUACGCUUUCCCUGCUAGAUGCAGUUGAUACACUGCAUCUUUGUUGGAGGGCUGUCACCCCAGAGACUAUUGUUAAGAGCUUUGAAGAGGCAGGAUUCAAAUCUCUGAGGGGAGAAAGUGACAAGACACACGCAGAGACGGACAGUGGUCUUGAUUUGGUCGCGUAUGCCCAGGCGGCAGGAGUGGAAUUUCCUGAAGGCUUAUCCAUAGAAGAGUAUGCUGCCCUGGAUGAUGACGUAGAGACGUGCGAAGCAGCACCAAGCGGUGAUGCCGUAUGGACUGAAGAAAGUAAAUCCGACGAAGCUGGAUUUUAUACUUCUGACGAAGAGGAUGACGGUGGAUCUCUGGGGGCCGAACUCCCUUUACCAUCAAAAAAUGAGGCAAUAACUGCUUUAGAUACUCUGAAGAGUUUUCUUAGAAGCCAAGAUAUGAAUGAUGAACUUCAUAAUUGUUUAGCAGACCUUGAAAUUUUUAUUAACUCUUUGUCAUCUAAGUAAUUAUUUAUUGUACAACAUCUGAAGAUAACAGCUUUUUGUAAUGUAUUUUACUACUUAAGGUAUGUAAAGGGAAAUUACCACUUAAACCUGAAAAAUGAAAAACUAGUAAUCUUUGGUUUCAUGGCAAAUGCCUUUAGUCUGAAGAGCAAAGUUCCCUAGGUAGAUUGAAUUAUGAGUAAGUAAAUGAAAAAUAUAAAUUUCAAUUUAGUAAGGCUUUGGGGAGCAGAAAAUGAAUUUCAGAGGCCUUGUACUUGAAAUAUAUGUCAACAAUAAAAAGAAGUCUCCAGCUAUUUGAUUCAUACAGGUUGAAUUGGUGAUUGCUAUUUUCUGGGUUUUUUUUUUAAAGUUCAGAUCACGUUCUAGGAUAUUUUAAUUUAUCUACCUCGUCUAAGAAAGAAAAUAUCUAUCUAUUGGUUAGAUAUUUAUUUUUGUAAGCAUGUAUUUCUAACUAGAUUUAAAUAUCAAGUGUUAAUUUUUAAUUACUUUUCUCAUAACUAGCGAAUUGUCUUAAUAGAAAUUUUGAAAAAUUACUGAAAAUAAAAUCUGACCCAGUUAUAUACCAAUGUGAUUAAAAAUAUGUCUAACUUUCAAAUUAUUUCCAUAUAAGAUCAAAUGAAAGACUAUGACCUUCUAUAAUCAGAAGAUGAUAUGGAUUCUUCCUAAAUAUUUGUACAUAUGUGUGUGUUUAAUAGAA